AACAGGCUAAUUCCUCUGGAAAUGCGACCUUUUGUCCUGAUCCGCGAGAUGAGGAAGCAGGAUGAGGUGACGUGUGAGGAAUUGGUGAAGAAUUUCAUCCUCUCAGGCGUUCGUCAAGCUUUUGUUGAGACAAUAUUCAAGGAAGUGAGGUUACAAGGCAUUGUUUACAUUUUCCACCCUCAUUUUCCCGCUCUGCAUUUUUCCCACACACAGAUCACCCUCCAGAUGAUCGUUCUGUGCUGGGCAAUCGCCUUCAUCUUCUUUGGCAUUCCACCUCUCUACUGUCUCCUCACCGUUCCGGGAGUGAUAAUUGGCCUCUUCUUUUUGGUCUACGGAACAUUCUUCAACAAAGCCAUGGAAAUCGCCAAUAUGAAGCCCAAUCGAUGCUGGUUAGCUGAGCUGCACUACAAUGGCAUUUCCGAGCCGAGAGACUUUGAUAUCUUCUUCAAUGACCCGCCAGAUGAGCAACAGGUGUCCAAGAUGCGCCGAAAGAUCAUCUCAAGCAUCAGCAUGAAGAAUCACAGGAAUUUGCACAACUCAGCGUGGCUCUAUCGCUUCGGAUUCAGUCACAAGAAUCACAUUCCAAGCCUCGGAGAGGCUCUAAUCGCUCAUGUGCUGGAUUUCUGCCGGGACAAUCGCUUCUCGACUGUUGAGGGCGUCACCAGGGAGUGUGACGAUGAUCUGCGGGAUGUCUACACGAAGCUGGGCUUCACCAUGAAGCAAGUCUACCACAAACAGAUCGUCGGCAAUAGCCUGAGAAUUAUGAAGGCGCAGUUUGGGAUUGAUCUCGAGAAGUGGAAUGGAUAUGGAAAUUACUCCGCGGACUGAUAUUAAAUCUCCAGA